AUGGCUGAGGUUCAAUUGUUCGGAAAAUGGUCGUUCAGUGACGUCCAAUGUCAAGAUAUCUCCUUGCAAGAUUACAUUUGCAUUAAGAAGCAAACUUUCUUGCCACACAGCGCUGGUCGUUGGACUAAGGUUAGAUUCAGAAAGUCUCAAUGCCCAAUCGUUGAGCGUCUCGCUUGUUCAAUGAUGAUGUUUGGUCGUAAUGCCGGUAAGAAGUUGAUGGCCGUCCGUAUCAUCGAAAAGGCCUUCGAACUCAUCUACUUGUUGACCGACAAGAACCCACUCCAAGUUUUGGUCGAUGCCAUCGCCAACUCUGGUCCACGUGAAGACUCUACCCGUAUCGGUUCCGCUGGUACCGUCCGUCGUCAAGCCGUCGAUGUCUCCCCAAUGAGACGUGUCAAUCACGCCAUCUACUUGAUCACCCAAGGUGUCCGUGCUGCCUCUUUCCGUAACAUCAAGACCGUUGCUGAGUGUUUGUCAGACGAACUUAUCAACGCCAGCAAAAACUCGCCCAAUAGUUAUGCAAUCAAGCAAAAGGAUGCACUUGAACGUACCGCUAAAUCCCAUAGAUAA